AUGACAACGUCGGUUUCUGUUAGGCCUCCUAUAAAUCCGAUGCAUCAUUCUCUUUCAAUUGAUGACCAAGAUCAAUAUUAUGGUCCGAUGAAUGAUGAUCAACUUUGUAGGGAGUAUAUGGAUGAAAUAACGCCUGGUCAUCAAUUGCAGCCGAAAGAUGGAAUUUAUCGAAUACAAGCAGAUCAACAAGCAAUACCACCACGUUCAUCGUCAGCUGCAGCAAAGCCUGGCAUAUCACCUUAUCUUCAAAAAUUACCACAUUCGAAUUUCCUUCAAGUAGCACCCCCGAGAUCACCGGCAUCAGCAACUCAUCGACGACAACGUCGUCGUCGUCGUCGUCGUUCAACGUCUAUUGGUAGAACACGAGAAGAACAAAUCGAUUCAGCUUAUCAACGAUCGAAUGUUGAUCAUCUUGAUCUAAGUUCAUUUUUUGGUACUAGUAAUACUUCAUUCAAUCGUCCAACAAGUGCUCCAACACGAACUAUGACUCCAUCAGCAAAGAAAAGACGUACAGGAACAGUAAUUCAUAAAACAUCUUCAAAAGGUCAAACCUGUAUUGCAACAGUAUAUCGCAAUGGAGAUCAUGAUAAGUGUUGUUACUGUAAAGCAAAUUCUUUAAAUGCAAUUCUACAAUAUGCAACGGAAAAACUUCAUAUGUCUUCAGCUGCUCGUCGUUUAUUUGAUGCUAAUGGACAGGAAGUCUAUCGCGUGGAAGAUAUACAAUCAAAUCAAGAAUAUUAUGCUUCAACUGGAGAAAAUUUUAAAGAUCCAUAUAAAGCUAUUCGAAUACAAAGUGAAUAUAGUCUGAAUUCAACAUGGACUGUGAAAGGUUUACAUACAGAUUCAAAUAAACCGGAAUCAUUUAAAACAAAAGCUGCGAUAUCAAAACGUUUAGAUAAACAAAUCAAAAAAAGUAUUAGUUUAACAAUUAUUGAAAAUGGUUUCGGUCAUUAUGAUGCUGUUUACCAAAUUUUAAUUGAUGCUGUUUUGAAAGAUAAUUUUGAAAAGUUUCUUGAUGAUUGUACAAAAAAACUGGAAUUAACAGCCCAUGCAAGAAAAGUAUAUAAUUAUCGUGGCGAUGAAAUAAAAUCACUUAGAAUUUUUUUGGACACCGAUGAAUGUAAAGUGUCAACUACAGAUAAUGAUUAUAUAUAUGGACCAGUAUGGAUUAGUAAAGGUGAACGAUUUCGACCAAAGGGUGCUUAUACCUAUCUUGAAGAAAGUUAUCAAAAAAUGAAUACACAAUACAAAAAGAAAAAAAGAAAAUAUAAAGAAGUAAUUAUUGUUAUGAAAGAAAAACAAAAAACAAAACAUGAAAGCGAUCAUAAUGAAGAAAGUGAUGACGAUGGUGUUGAUGAACAGAUUUCAUCGAAUGAGGGCACUGAUAAAGAAAAAAGAAAAAUUAACGAUAAACUAUCGGACAAAGAUAAAAGUUGUCUAUCGAUGUCAAUUAAAGAACUUCGAAUGUCCAAACAAGAAUUAGAAAUAAAAAUCAAAGAAAUCAAGUCUAUAAUGGAAAUUUAUAAACUACGAAUGGAUGAAAUAGAAGCAGAUAAAGACAAGGAAAAGGAAAUGGGACCUAGAUUUCCUAUUGAUCACAUUGCUGAAAUUGAUUUUUAUGAUAAAAUUGUUGGACGACAUCCUAUAUGUUUAACAGUUCAUGAAAAUGGUUCAUUUGAUAGAUCUGACCCAAAGAUUUAUUUAAAUCUUCGCAGUUUACCAUCGAAAAAUAUUCCACAAACACCAAUUGAAUAUCUUCUUGAUUAUUUACAAACAUCAAUCGAGAUGUUUGCACGACAACGUCCUAAACGAGUGUUUGAUAUAAAUGGAACUGAAAUAAAACUUAUCGGGCAAUUACAAGCGAAACAAGAUAUAUUUAUAUCGUACGGAGAAGACUAUCGGCCAGCAUAUGAACCAUGUUUAACUAUUCAAAUGCAUAGUGUAGAUAUUUAUCAAAAGAAUGAUUCAAGAAUACUACUCAAGACAUUCCGGCCAGAUAGUCAAAUUAUUGAGGGCAAAGAAAAACGAACAGCAAGACAAUUAGCAGCUGCUUGGAUACCAAUUGAAACAAUACCAGAUGAUGCCAUAGCAAAAAGUUAUGAGAACGAUUUAAAUGACGAUGAAAGAAACAUAAUCGAUAGCAAAGCAAAACAAGAGCGUAUUAGUGAACAUGUUACAUUUAUCGCUCAAGAUAAAAUGUUAAUUUAUCCAGAAUUACAAAUUAAUAAAAUUAUUCUACCAGAUCCAAAAGCAAAACCAACUACUGGUAAAGCGCCACCAAAAAGAAUUUUUUCUGAAACUGACUUGCAAACAUGGUGUUAUGAUAAAGAUGGUUAUAUUUAUAAUCGACAAGUAACUUCUUUAGUAUUAACUGUAGUACGCGAACAGAAUGUUCAACUAACAUGGAAACCUAGUAAACUAUUACACAGUCAACGUAAAGCAGAAACUCUAGCUGGUUAUGGUGUUCAAUUAAGAAGUAAAGCAACUGAUCGAACAGCUGAUCAAAUAUGGAUAUUUACCUUUGAUGGUUAUAUUGUUUCACAAGCUGAUAGAAACCUUGCGUUGACAAGUGUAGCAGAUAUAGUGCCAGAUGACGAAGGAGGCUUUGCUGCCAAAGGAAUGCCAGUCAAUGACGAUGAUCCAUUUGUUGCGUUUGUAUCUGUUUGCCCGAAAUGUCCACAAAACUCACCUUUCAUUCAUCAACAACGCUGGGGUAUUCGCCAAAUAUCAGGUUUUACUAUUGGCGAUUGGAAAUAUUCGAAAGUUGAAAAUCCUCUUUGGCAUAAAAUGGCUUUAACAUGGCCAGUAGACGCAACAGGUGAAAAUAUUCCUGAACUACAAUGGCCUAUUGAAGGAUGUCUUAUUCCAAAUGUUCCGCCUAUCAAAUUUCUCAGAUCAUCUCAAACACCACCGUCGUUUGUGCCUAUUCGAUUACAAGCACUGAAAAAUGGAGAACGUGAUCUUACUAAAGCUGUAUCAGUGGUUGGUCCUGAUAUUUCAAAUCUUAUUCUCGAAACAAAAGCUUCAAGUAAUAUGUAUCGACGUUUACGUAUUCCUGAACCUGAAAAAGAGCAACGUGCUCAUCGACAAAUUAAACGUAUGGCAGAUGCUCGACAACGUGAAAUAAAAUUAUUUCUGGAAAACGCUACAACGCUUUGUAAUCUACCAUUUGCUGGCCGUCGGUUAUUUGAUACUCAGGGUACAGAAUUAUUUGAUUUAACAUCAAUCACACGUGAUUCCUAUGUCUAUGUCACAUGUGGCGAACAAUGGAUCGAUCCAGAACUAACAAAAGCGGAACAACAACGUCGAUUAUUAUUAGCCUAUUUAAGUAAUGAUGUUCGUAUGAUUGCUUUCUAUUGUGCGAUGAGAAAUCCAACUGAAUAUGUUGUAUCAACAGAAAGAGGUCUUAUUGAAAAUUCUCGGUUGAUCGUUAAUAUAUGUGCAUUGAAUUUUAAACAACGCAAACGUGUUGAAAAAGGUGAACUAAUUGAACAUGUUAUUGACAAUGACCAGCCUAUCGAAGACGAAGCAACUGAACAUGAGCCAAGAACGGCACAUGAACGAGCACAUAAAACGGUGGACAAGAAAUCGAAAGAAAAAUUUCGUUGGCCAUGGGAAAAGAUUGCUAAUAAAAGUUUAAAUCUAGAAGCCGAUGAUGACGAUGUUGUUAUGUUAAAAAAUGAUGAACAAAAUCUAAGUGAUUCAUUUAACCCAACUCCGGAUAAUUUCUCAUUUUCUAAAUCGAAUCGAAAGUUACCGAAAACAGUGGCAGUGUCAAUGCAAAGAUUUAUAUGGGAGCCGUCAGCGGGUUAUAUAUCAUGUGUCGAUGAUCGAAAUUUAGUUUUUGGUGUCAAAGAAAUUGAAGGUAAAGUGGUUGAAGUUAUAUUAAAACGUCGUAAUCCAGAUGAUAUCUAUCAACGUUGGAAUUUUGUGCCUUUCGAUGAAAAUGAUGCUGACAUGGAUUUUUCAAAAACAUUUUUAAUCACGUCUAAAGCUCGGCCAACCAUGGUUUUAACUGUAUUACUUCCAUCGUGUACAGGAAAUGAAUCCAAUGAAAAUAAUAUCUCUUGUGUUGGUUGUUCAGUAACAUUACAACAACGACGAUAUGAAGAAAAUGGUUGUGCGAAUCAAAAAUGGUCUUACGAUGAAAAACUUCAUCUAUUUUUUUCAUUCAAUUCAACAUCCAUCGAUAAAGAAAUAACAGCAGCUAACCGAGCGAAUAUUUGUUCGUAUACAGUUAGUUAUGAAGCUUUGUCUCAACCGGGAUUUACUGCAUCGAUUUUGAAUGUUAAUGAUCAAUCCGAAGAUGUACCGGUUUGCCUUGCUUGUGCACAAGCAAUGCGUGGAAAAUAUCGUUUAGUUAAAAUUGAUCCAGAUAAACAUUUUGUCUGCGCCGUCGGAAAAAGACAAGAUCUUAAGUUUCCUGGUCCAUUUCAAUGUUUGAAUCAUAAAGUUGAUUUAACAUCAACUGAAGCUGAAAUUACGCUUCUAGAACGAAAAGAACAACUCGAACAAUUAAGACAAGAAGCAAGCGUUCGAAACAUUGCUAAAGAAUUAGCAGCUGCAAAACCAAUUCAAAUUGUUCAUUUGCUUGCUUAUCGUAAUGGAGAUGGACACACAAAACCAGGCCAACUGUUGAUUGGUUCAAGUAUUAUUGGUUUACUUGAUCAAGCUGCUCAUCGAUUAAAUUUAACAAAUGGCGCACGAAGAUUUUAUGUUAUUGAUGGUGCAGUCAUAUUAACGGUCGAGGAUCUUAUUGAAUGGGCUAAAAGCUAUUAUAAAAAUCGUUAUACAAAUAUUAUAAAAACAAAAGAUACAAAAGCAAAACAACCACUUCUUGACAAUGUUGAAUUAGCUACACCUUUACCACCAAAUCCUACUUCUAAACGUCGAGCAAGCGCUGACAAUCAAUCAGAACGAGCAACACUUGCAGCAAAACUUCGAGAUAUAAGUCCAUCAAAACAACGUUUUCAAGCUCUACCAAAGCCUUAUGAUAUCAAACGAGCAAUAAAACAAAAUUCAUUCGCAAAACCAAAUGAUAUCGAUAUUGAUAUUAACUAUUUAUUGAAGUUUCCAAUUGAAGUAUGGGUUUCAUCUGGCGAACCAUUUGUGAAUCCAGCUAAUAUUGAUCAACGACAAAGUCUACGUGUGAUCCAACGUGAACAACGUACAACCGUUGUGCAUGACUUUGAAAAAGAAAAACAUGCACUACGUAUUAUGAAAGGACGUCGUAUAUCGAGUCAAUCACCAGGUCAACUUACUCCACAACCGAAUCCAAAUGAACCUGUUUUGAAAAAAGGACAUUGGACCGAGAAGUCUGAUGAAGAACUUGAUAAACAAGACGACGUCGAAUUACUACGAUCGUCGAUAGAUCAGCUUCGUUUGUUGCAACAACCUGAAGUAACAAAACCUAUUUCAAUAACAGCAACGGACCGUUUUGGACAACAUUCAAAAAUUAAACGAGUUAUGAUCUAUUCGAAUGGUGAACCAAAAGAAACAGCUGUUCAAUGUUUUGGUAGUAAUUUAAAUGAAUUAAUGGAUAAUGCUAAACUUAAAUGGAAUUUAAUGCAACCUAUUCAAGCAUUAUUUGAUGAAAAUGGAUGUGUAAUUGAACGGUUUGACCAAUUGAAUCGUGAUCAAUUAAUUUGCGUAUCAACAACCAAAACCUUCAUCACAUCAUCUGAACGACAACGUGAAGUCGAUAUAAAGGCAAAUUGGGCUCGUACACGUAAUAAAUAUGGCGAUCAAGCAACAGAUAUUCGUGUUAAUUCAACUCUUGCAUCUGCUCCUCAACUCGCUGAUCCAUUCGGUCCACCGCUCCUAACAUUAAAUGAUCAACAUCAACUUCGUCCGACAACCAAACCACCCACAGUACCCACACCACUCUAUCGAAGACUAGCUAUUGAACAGCCAGCACCUGCAAUUGCUAGCGAAGUAACACCAUCACCUAACAUCAUGAAAGAUUCAUUAGUACUAAGUGAGGAUGGCGACGAAGAUGACGAUGAUGGACCUGAUAGUGAGAUCGAACGAAUUACAAAUGUAAAAGUCGAGUAUGAUGACAGCAGUCGACCGACGACGCCAAGAUUUGAAACACAAGCGAAGAGUCCGUUUUCACAAUUGUUUAGUAGUGAGCCGCCGCCUAGAGAAACAGCUACAAGUGUACCAUCGACGUAUAAGUCAGAUAGUGAUGAUAAAUUCAUAGCUAUGUUGAAAGGAAAAGAAUGA